AUGGUGGCGCACGAUGACGCCGGGGGGCUGCUCCCCAUUAAGAGGACUAUCCGGGUGAUCGACGCGCAGAACCCCUCCUUCCGCGAGCAAGAGGAGCCCAGCAAUAAACGCGUCCGACCUCUGGCUCGGGUCACCUCCUUGGCAAACCUGAUUUCUCUAAGAAAUGGUGCAGUGCGUCGAUUUGGGCAGACAAUACAGUCCUUCUCACUCCGCAGCGACAGCAAAUCCCCAGGGUGCCCCCAGAAGCCCUGCAGCCGGUCGGCCGCCCCGACGCCUCCCAAAAGAAGGAACAGCGUGCUGUGGUCCGAGACACUGGAUGUUAACAUGAAAGAAACGCUGAGCGCCAAAGAGAUCAAGCGCCAAGAGGCGAUCUAUGAACUCUCCCGGGGUGAGCAGGAUUUGAUUGAAGACCUGAAGCUCGCCAGAAAGGCCUACCACGAUCCCAUGCUGAAGCUAUCCAUCAUGUCCGAGGAAGAGCUCACCCACAUUUUCGGUGACUUGGAUUCCUACAUCCCUCUGCACGAAGACUUUCUGGCAAGGUUGGCCGAAGCGACGAGACCGGACGGGACGGUGGAGCAGAUCGGACCCAUUCUUGUGAAGUGGCUCCCAGGUUUGAACGCCUACAAAGCCUACUGCAGCAAUCAGUUGGCAGCAAAGGCCCUGCUGGACCAGAAGAAGCAAGAUCGGAGAGUCCAGGAUUUCCUCCAGCGCUGCCUCGAGUCUCCCUUCAGCCGCAAGCUGGACCUGUGGAGCUUUCUGGACAUCCCGCGGAGUCGUCUGGUGAAAUACCCCCUGCUCUUGAAAGAGAUCCUCAGGCACACGCCCAACGACCACCUGGAUGUCCAGAUUCUGGAAGAAGCCAUCUCCAUAAUCCAGGGGGUCCUGUCUGACAUCAACUUGAAGAAAGGGGAGUCGGAGUGCCAGUACUACGUCGACAAGCUGGAAUACCUCGACGAGAAGCAGAAAGACCCGCGGAUUGAAUCCAGCAAGGUGCUUCUGUGCCACGGGGAGCUGAAGAACAAGAACGGCCACAAACUCUACGUCUUCCUCUUCCAAGACAUCUUAGUUUUGACUCGGCCCGUCACCCGCAACGAGCGCCACUCUUACCAGGUGUACCGCCAGCCGUUACCUGUCCAGGACCUAGUGCUGGAGGACUUGCAAGACGGCGAUGUGAAGAUGGGAGGCUCCUUCCGGGGCGCGUUUGGCAAUUCCGAUAAAGCCAAGAACAUCUUCCGGGUCCGCAUCCGAGACCCUUCCCCGGGCCAGUCCCACACGCUCCAGGCCAACGACAUCUUCCACAAGCAGCAGUGGCUGAACUGCGUCCGCUCAGCCAUCGCCCCCUACCAGUCAGCUGUGGCCCCUGCGGAGCUCAAAGAGCUGCCGGAGCUCAGCGAGGAGGCGGAAGAGAACGGCCCCGCCGUGUCCAGUGCCAAAAUCCAGAGGCGGCAGUCCUCGCUCUCCCACAUGGAGCUGGACGAGAACGGCGCAGAGUGCGUCUCCGGAAUGGACACAGCCGAGGAGCCCAAGCCUGCCAGGCCCUUCCGGAUACACUCGGGCCUCCGGAGGACGAGGGAGAAGGCCCAGAUGAGUGGGAAACGGAAAGAGACUCUGGUGUGAGCCCCUCCGGAGGCCUCCGCCCCACUGUUUAUUUAUAAAUAAAAGUGUACAUUUUCUUUCCUGUAAUGUGAGAACGGCAGGGACUGCUCUUCUGCAAACACGUUAUUUUUGUUUUUGGGGUUUCCCGUGUAUUUUUGUUUUGUUUUGUUUUUUCUUUUUACGGCAGCUACGGUUCUCCGCGACCGUUGUUGAACUGGAGUCUGAUUCUGGUAGAGAAAAAAAAAGAAUUAAGGAUCGUGAUUCUUUUUUCCCUUCCCCCUCCCCCUUUGGAGGAGUUAAAUCGCAUUGUAGCCGAAGAUUCCGGACAGAGUUCUUCGAAGUGUCAAACGGUAUUAUUUCGGGGAGGGGGGGGGGAGCGUUUUGGAGCAGGCUUCGGUGGUCACGUGACCCCAAGAAACAGCCACGCUUCCCAUGUUAGUUUUGCAAAGAUGGCAGAGCAUCGGAAGAAAACCGAUUCUCCCCCACCCCAUCCCCAAUCAGUUUUGAGCAAGGCUUUUUUUGGUAGCAGGUACUCCUUUGCAUAUGAGGUCACACAGCCCCGGCGUAGCCAAUCCUCUUGGAGCUUACAGUAGGCCCCGUAAGACGAGCCCUGUAAGCUCCAGGAGGAUUGGCUACGUCAGGAGGGUGUGGCCUAAUAUGCAAAGGAGUUCCUGUUACCAAAAAAAAAGCCCAGGCUUUGAGUAUUUAAAAUUUGAGUAUUCUGUAGCUCCCAGAAUAAGGUAGCGUGACCAUAAGAUGGCUAAUGAACUGCUUCAUCUGGAGCAGUCUAAUGAAAGCCAAUAUGAUUACUCUAGAGGAAGUGGCCUGAAGGCUUGCAGCCUGUAUUUUCUUCAGAGGAGACUCCUACGUUCAGCAGGUUUUCUGUUUUAUUGACUGGAAUUCUGAAUCUCCUUUUUAAAAAAAAAAAAUUUGUUGUUGUACAUUCCUUGUGUGAAUUGUGACUACCUGCCUGGUAUGUAAUCUUUUUUUUAUUAUUAUUAUUAUUAUUAUUACUAUUAUUUGAAUAAGUUUGUGGCCAUUUCCUUUUUGUACUUUGUCAGUAUAUUUCUCUGUGUGGGAUCUCUUUCCCCCCCUCCUUCCCCUUUAAGUACUUGAUGGUGUGUGUAUGCCAGUUUGUUGUGUAUAUUUAAAAGCCAAUUCCAAACUUUCACCGAGUGAAACAAAGCCAUAAAACUCCUGAGCCAGUGAGAAACGGUAGAGCCAAGUCCCCCUUUUCCCAUUGGUCCAGAGCGACUGUGCCAUGUGAGAGGGAGGAGCCAAUUCAUGAGACCUCCCCUCUCUAAAGGCACAGGGGAAACCUUCGGAUCGGCAAGUGGCAAUUUUUAACAGUCGAGCCAACGGGAGGCUCUACCGUUUGUAGCAUUGGAGAUGACCACAGCCAGCCUGCUUAGAGCGGGCUUGCGUCCUCUGAACUACUGAAAGUGAACAGCGGUGGACAGGGCAGAGAGGUUCUAGGAACGUCGCGGAAGGCUUAGGCAGAGAGAAACCAGAUCAUGGAGAGCGUAAAGGGAUGAAAAGUUGUUGGGUAGGCCGUGGCAUGGCCUAUGCUGUUGGGAGCCAGAGAGGAAAGCCCAGAGGUAUGUCGUAAGAAGGGUGUGUGGGAGGAGGUAGUGAAAGAUGAGCGGGGAGAGGGAAACGGUAAAAGUCUAUUUACUUGCAGUUUUUGUGAGGGGAAGCCCAUGCUUAGGGAAGGGCCGCUUCUCUCGAUGGGGUGAAAUAGCAGCAAAUGGCCCUGAGCUAGUUAACGCCAGAACCUAAGAAGGGGAACCCCUCAAGCGCAACCAAAAUUGUCCCCAGGGGAAAGACGGCACGUUGAGAUGGUGGCGCGGUGCGGUUCUGGAAAGCGAAUGUAAAUAGACGACAACCAAAGCAAAGUGGUUCGUUCUCUGUAAAGAUCUGUACAGUGUCCAUACCGGAGUACAAUUAAACACUUGUCAGCAAA